AUGACCGUUGAGCAGAGGGCCAGAUAUCUCGAAAGAACAUUUCUGAAUGGCAGAGAAGAUUACGCUAUCAGCGCAUGGGAGCAGGACCAUGUUUCGGAUCUUGACAGUGCAAUAGAUGGCCAUAUACCGGAACAUUUGGAAAUUGGAGCUAAGCUACAUGCUCUCUUCGGGAAUGUUGACCGUAGCCGGUGGAUCAUGAAUGAGCUCUUCCGUUUAUAUCCUAAUUGGGACACCUCUGUUAUGAUGGUUGUAUUUCGCGCUCACACGAGCUCGGAGCUUUCAGAACAUCAUCAUCUAGCAAAGCAAAUCUAUGUCAGGAUGAGAGAGCAGAAAGGCGAUGCUUGCACAAUUGAGGACUACGACGCUUGGCUUGUGGGAUUUCUAGAAGCACGCAGUCUGACCGAUGCAAAGCAAGUGUUCCGAGACAUGGUCAAGGGUGGCUAUUUGCUUGUCAGCGGAGCCACUGGUCGAGCCGAAUCAGUCUUAAGGAGACUACAUUUGCUGUAUCAUCUUGGCACUGACAUCUCCAAGAUGACUAGUAUCGCUCUCGAUGCCAUCUCAGUUCUCCCGCCUGUAUAUCAUGGCCAUAUAUUCGGCGAUUGGAUGAAGUCUGCUGUUGUGGAAAAGGCACCAGAGGCAGCGGCUCAAAUACUGGAUGUGAUGCUGAAGAGAGGAUAUCAACCAGAAACGUUCCAUUUCAACAUGCUACUUAAAGCUUUGAUACGUACAAAAGAUACUCCCAAUAUCCUUAAGGCUGAGAACAUCGGGUGGCGCAUGAUCGAUGAAGCGUGCAAAGCCCGCGAGAGACGUUCAUCGGAUCCACAGAGCAUCGGCAAGAGGUUUAUCGACAAUGACACGGGUGCAGGUACUGUACAAGGCGUCCCUGCAGCCAAUGUUACUACGUUUGCCCUGAUCAUGCAACAUCAUGCUAAGAGCUUGCAAUGGGAGCAUGUUGAGUACUUAACCCGUCAGCUUAAGGAGACGACUGUUGAGCCGAAUGCCACUAUCAUGAAUGUUAUCAUGGACAACAAGUGUCGCCAGGGUGCUUACAGUGAAGCCUGGGUGGUCUAUAAAGCCCUUACCAACCCACAAGAAGGCAGUAAAGGCGUUUUCCCGAACGGUGCAAGCCUCCGCUGUCUUUGGAAAACGCUUCGCCUAGCACUUGGAGACCACGCUACCCGGAAUGAUCCUGCCCUGCCCACGCCUCGCGAGCUAUUGAAAGAGACGAUAUCCUGGCGAACUCUAAGUCGCAGUCGCUACGACGCUGAUCGUUUCAGAAUGGGCAUCGCGGGUGCUGACAAGGGAGCGGUAACGUCACUCAUCAUGCACUGUUUCGGCUACACUCAGGACCUAGCUGGCUCGCUCAUUGCCCUGCAUGUUCUCCGUCACCACUUUUCCAUAUUUCCAACCAACAAAGCAGCCCAGAUCUUGCAAAAACAAAUGGCUUGGGUAGACAUGGCGCGCGAGUCAGAAUCUGUGCGUAGUCAAUAUUUCCACAGUCGCUCCAACAAGAAGAAUAUGGAACGUGUUGUGAGAGUAUACAAUAUUCUUUUGGAGCAGCGGUUGGCUAGGAUGGAUCUGAAAGAAGGAGAGUAUGAGAAGUUGACCGAGGAGCAGAUUGGAGACGUGGGACUGAACCUGUUGAGUGAGUAUGUGAGAGUAAUGCUUAAGAGGAAUUAUCCGCCUGAGAUUGUGGAAGCUAUGAUUGAUACAGCGAGGCGUGCAGUGGGCGUGCCCGACCUGCCUACUGGGGAUAUGGACGCUUUUGAGGUGGUCUGA